GCUGCAUGGUGUGGACACUUCCCUGCAGCCCCCCAGAGUGAGGUCUCCUCGAUGGGCUGCUCUGCCCUCUGAGAGGGAUGAGCUGCGGCUGUUCCUGGCUUGCCUGGAUAGGGUCCCCCCUCCUUCUCAGCAGACACUGCCAUGGGCCCUCCCCAGCUCAGGAUGCUGGUAUAGCAGCAGGUGGCUGCCAUCCAGAGGACCUGUGGUGGGACAUCCCUUCCCACUGGGACAUCCUCCCGCUCCCCUCUCUCGGCAGAAGCCAUGGAUGCCCACGUGGACCUCCUGACCGAGCUGCAGCUGCUGGACAAGGUGCCCACGCUGGAGAGGCUGCGGGCAGCCCAGAAACGGAGGGCUCAGCAGCUGAAGAAAUGGGCCCAGUAUGAGAAGGAGAUGCAGCACAAGAAGAGGAAGCAUGAAAAGAAGAGAAAUGCUGUGAACAGAAAGAAAGUGUCUUUUGAAGCCAGCGUUGCUCUGCUGGAGGCUUCUCUGAGGAAUGACGUGGAGGAAGUGUGUUACUUGCUGAAGAGCAACAUCAGCCCCGACCUGUGCAAUGAGGAUGGAUUAACUGCGCUGCAUCAGUGCUGCAUAGACAACUAUGAGGACAUAGUCAAGCUUCUCCUCAGCCACGGGGCCAAUGUCAACGCCAAGGACAAUGAGCUGUGGACUCCGCUGCAUGCAGCAGCCACGUGUGGUCAUAUCAACCUGGUGAAGAUCCUCAUCCAGCAUGGAGCAGACCUGCUGGCAGUAAAUGCAGAUGGCAACAUGCCAUAUGACCUCUGUGAAGAUGAGCCAACCCUGGAUGUCAUUGAGACUUGCAUGGCCUAUCAAGGGAUUACCCAGGAAAGGAUCAAUGAGAUGCGGGCUGCUCCGGAGCAGGUCAUGAUCUGUGACAUUCAUGACAUUCUUGCGACUGGACAGGACCUGAACAGGACUGAUGCCCAAGGUGCUACGCUGCUGCAUAUAGCUGCAGCCAAUGGCUAUCUGCAUGCAGCUGAAGUGCUUCUGGACCAGGGGGCAAGCCUGGAUGUUAAGGACUGGGAUGGCUGGGAACCUCUUCAUGCUGCUGCUUUCUGGGGACAGAUGCAGAUGGCUGAAUUGCUGGUGUCCCAUGGGGCUAGUUUGAGUGCCAGGACAUCUUUGGAUGAGAUGCCAAUAGAUCUGUGUGAAGAGGAGGAAUUCAAAGUAUUGCUUCUGGAGCUGAAACACAAACAUGACGUGAUCAUGAAGUCUCAGAUGAGGCAUAAAUCCUCCCUGAGCCGCAGGACCUCCAGCACUGGCAGCCGGGGGAAGGUGGUGAGGAGGGCCAGCCUUUCGGACCGGACAAACCUUUACAGGAAGGAGUGUGAGAAGGAGGCCAUGGUGUGGCAGCAACUGGGGGCAUCAGAAGAAGGAAGAAACUCAGGUGUCAUUGGAGAAAUUGGGGAGACUCGGUCUGACCAGGAGAAUACAGACCCUAAUUCAGUGCUGGAGAACUCCUCCCUCCUCCCGGAGCUAGCGAACAAAAGCACCCAGUGUGACACCGAGAUCCCGCUCCAGAACGGACUGAUGGCAUCUGCCAGCCCUUACCAGUACACCUUUUCCAACGGGGACAUUUGGAGCAUGCACGCUGACCCCGACAGUAACCCCGGCCACGUGCUGCCCUACGGCAACCCCGCGCUGCCCGAGGCCCCGCAGUUCUGGGGCGCCUACAAGGAGCACAACCACCAAACGCUCUCGGAACUGAAGCGGCAGCGAGCUGCAGCCAAACUCCUCCAGCACCCCUUCCUCAGCACCCACUUCAGCACCGGCAUGGCAGGAGUUGCUGAGAACGUGGGCGAGGCCAAGUCGCACUUAAUCGAAUCCAGGACUUCUCCCUACAGCUCCAAUGGGACCUCAGUGUAUUACACAGUGUCCAGUGGUGAUCCACCGCUCUUGAAAUUCAAAGCUCCCAUGGAGGAAAUGGAAGAGAAGGUGCAUGGGUGCUGCAGGAUUUCCUAGUCUGCUCUGUGUCUCACCCCAGAGGAAGCGAGACGUGGGUGGCCUGGUUGGAGCUAUCGCAGUGGCCAGGUUGUUUGCAUUCCAAAGGGAGAAUUUGGUUAUGGACAUCCUGACUGUGGCAGCCUCGUUCAUCUCGAAUUGUACUUUACCCUGCCAAUUAUUUCCAUUGCAGCUGGAUGAGUAACGCAGGUGGAGCAAGGCUCUUAGGAGAGGAAGGGAUGCACAUCAGUACGAUGUCAAAAGAGUCUCCUUAGUCUUGCUCCCUGGGGAAGAAGUUAUGGUGCGCUGCCUCCCCAUCCUUGGGAAGUCAUGAGAUGCCUCGGAACAAAGAAAGGAUCUGAAUUCAAAUCUUUGUGUCUGAGCCUCUUGCUGUUAGUCACCGAGCAGCUGGAAGGUGACAGUUCCUGUGUUUUCACUCUUGGGUGAUGCACAUAUCCUGGAGGGGAGGUCAGCCCCCACAUGAGGUUUGCAAGAGUGGACAGACCUGUUUCCCACACAGCUGGAUCCAGCACUUCCUAGGCCUGAGCAACAAGCAAGCACAGAUGCUGCACUUAGGAAGUAUCCAAGGUGUUACCUCCUUGCAGUGACAGCUCACCAUGACAAACUGUGCACUGGCUGGGUCCUGUUCUGCUCAUGUCAGCUUGUCACUGCAGACUGCCAUCAGGUUUGAAGCAGAACUUUUCCUGGAACAGGCUUCACUCAAUAGGCUUUAAAACUGAUGUUGCAAUAAAGGGGCCCUGGCAAUAGAAUUUUACUGCAAUAAAAUACUGACAAAGGUCUAUAUUGGGAUAAGUAAUUUAAAAAACUUAUUUGUACUAUUUAGACUCUUAAUUUGUUAAAACUGAAAAGACUUUUGUUGAUCUCACUUUCCUAUUGAUUCUGUUUGUUUACUCUGUACGCUCAACACAGAUACUAGGGGCAGUAUGCUUUGCGUUCUGAUUCUUUCUGAUUUCCAGAACAACAGGGCUCAGGAGGGAUGGGAAGGAAAGGCUUGCCAACACUAACCUAGGAACGCCGUGAAAGCAUUUCUAAUCCUGUAGAUGUGACACUUGCAUUAACCUGCAGUCUUUGGCUGAGAAGUAACUUUAACCAUUGCUGUGGUAGUUGAACACUGCAGCAGGACAGGAGAUGUUUUGUUCGGUUUUCCAGCCCCCUUGCUGAAGCUGUCAGCAGUGGGUAGCAGCUGGCAGAGGAAGGUUGAAAUGCCUCUGUGUCUGUGGGAGUUGCCUGACACCAUCGAUACCUAACAAAGCCUCUCUGCUGAGGAGCAGCUGCAGCGCCAACAUUGUGUCUUGGUGCAGUUCAUGUGAGCUCUGACAGCCUCCUGGGAAGCACUGGCACGGUGUAACCUGGGCGUUUGGCACUGGCUUUGCAGCGAGUUCAGGCUUUGUGUACCUGGGGGAGGUGAGAGGAGAGUGUGGGACAGCUCUGAGGACCUGGCCACACUUCAGCUGUAUCUCAGAAGUAACUGUAAAUCUUUAAACCCUUCUCUGCUCAGAGGGGCUGUCACACACGUAACUGUUUGCCUGCAUGAAUAUGUGUCUUCUUGGGCAGCUUCAAUUCCAAACUCUGAAGACAUAAACCUGUUUGGGUCUCUGUAAGCCAUCAGUGGAUUACAUCCAGCUCACGUAGAUGUGCUUCAGCCAAGCAACAGCAAGUGCAGCUUCCACCCAUUUUCCUUUUAUUUGGUGGCUGUUAGACAUCAAUAUGCCCCUUCACAUGUACUCUCCCUCUGGAGGAAUCCUCACAGCCUUAACUUUUUUCUAGGCUAUAAAAAGUUGACUGAGGCUGCCAGUGACUGUUAAGUGCUACCCUCUGCCCCCCAUCAAAUCCACCCAUUGCUGGGGCUGGAUACAUUACCACACUGGGCUCUGGGCUCCUUGAGUCAGCAGAGGUGGCUGUGUCACCACCACUGCCACGCUGUGCAGGAGACACUUUUGGACCUGUGAGGUCGUUACCAGGCUGACAAUUUACUGGUUUGAAUGGUAUGGAUAUACAACUCUCUUUCCUCACCAGUUUUAGGUGCAAACUAGAAAGUGGUAGCAGUUGAUCUGAUUCACCUAAAACCCCAGUUCUGCUAAAGGCAGAGUUUGAAGCAUUUGAAGAAGUUGGGCUCCCUCCAUUGUUGAAACAGAUGCUAAUUAUAGGACUAGAAAAUACUCCUUGUGCUUCACCUUAAGGUGAAGGGAUUUUUUAAAGCCAUUCUCUAGUAGAAAGAGGAUGGCUUGGUAACUGGAGAGACUUUACUGCAUCUGUGUG